AUGGCAGAGGAGAAGACCUUUCGUUACGGGUUCAUCAUCUUGGGUUUCUUCCUGGUGAUGACGGGAAUUUUCAUCAUGAGUGUGGAAAAGCCCCACAUCUACAUCACCUUCUGUGUCCUGGGUGUGCUGCUCGUAGCCGUGGGCAUCACCUGGAGCAUGUGCCAGUGCUACCCAAAGAUAACAUUCAUUCCUGUGGACCCUGAGGCUGAGCGGUUCCUGGACCACAAACCCACGGUGCUGCCACAGAAGGACAUCGGCUUUGUUGCUCCCUGCCCUGACCAAGAGGCCACCAACACCUAUGAGAAGAGCCUGCCAUCCUAUGAGCAGAUCCAGAGGCAGGCAGUGGGCUCAGCUCCACUCCCACCCACGGCACAGCCCAGAUCCCUCAGCUGCUCCCAAUCAGCCGUGCAGGCCAAAGCAGAGGUCCACCGGGAGCUCGGGGGUGCUGGACACCCCCCACAAGACCUGGCACCUCAUCUGGAAACAGUGGCAGGCAACUGCCCCCCUCGUCCGGCGCCGGGGGAUGCACCGCUGGCAUCCCUCCUGGAGGAGAUGGACACGCCAUCACUGGAGGGCUCCAUGCCCGGCACCCCCACGCCACAGAGCCGGACCCUGCCAUCCACUGCUCGCUCUGGCUGCACCCCGACCAGCUCCCCGGUGCGGGGACAGCACUCCGGAUCCCCCCACAAAGGCACUGGGGAGGAGGAUGACCUUUAUUAUGGGCUCCAAGAGGAGCCGGAUGCUCUGCUCAAGGAGAGUGACUGCCUUUUUGAGCCUGAAAACUGAUUUCCCAGAUAAAAUGACCACUUGGCAUGGACUUAUCUCACGGAGGGGAUGCAAACAUCACGGCCUGGAGGAAAGGGGAUGCCCCCAAAAGUGCAGCGCCUGCAGCACAGAAGGUCCCCCAGGCUUCUGCACCCCUUGGACACACCUAGCCUUUCUGGAGGCUUUCAUUCCCCCAAAACUCAAAUGGGGGACUGCCGCCUCCUGAAUUCCAGAGCAUAUAGGACAAGACCCCCC